ACCACCACCCAUCGUUGGCUGUUUGUUCUUUCAUACUACAUGACUAAAGCUAUUGGUAAAUCUGAGGUGGUUGAACCAUAUUCAAUCAAAAAUAUCCCGCCUUUAAUUAUUGGAGGUGCUGUGUUUAACACGCAAUAUUCAUCUGAUCCUCACCUGCUUCCAAUCCAAGAAAUUAUUCAAACUGCAUUUGAUCUUGGAAUUAACGCUCUUGAUACAUCACCAUAUUAUGGACCUUCUGAAGAAUUGAUCGGAAAUGCCUUGACUAAGAUCACUUAUCCUCGUGAAUCUUAUUAUAUCUGUACUAAAGUUGGACGAGUUAAGUUGAAUGAUUUUGAUUAUUCCCGUUCCCUGGUGCGUAAAUCAAUUGAAAGAUCAUUAACGAGAUUGAACACAACCUAUCUCGAUUUGGUAUACAUGCACGAUAUUGAAUUUGUUGAAGAAAAUGAGAUAAUUGAAGCCUUGAAAGAGUUGAAAUUGUUAAAGGUUGAAGGUAAGGUCAAGAAUAUUGGGAUUUCUGGCUAUCCAAUAAAAUUUUUGUACAAGAUUGCAUUGCUUGCCAAGUCAAAUCCCGAAAUUGGACCCCUUGAUGGAAUUUUAUCAUAUUGUAAUGGAUGUAUACAAAAUAUCAAAUUAUUUGAAUAUUAUGACAGGUUAAUUAAUGAGUGCGGUAUUCAAAAAGUUAUGAAUGGCUCGAUUCUUUCAAUGUCAUUGUUAAGAUCAGAUAUAACCCACUCAUUCCAUCCUGCCAGCCAAGAAUUAAAGGAUAAAGUAUAUGAUAUUUCCCAGCAAUUAUUAAAGGAGGACAAUGUAGAAUUGGCAGAAUUGGCCACAAGAUUUGCAUUAAGAGAAUGGUUAUUUGAAACAACCAAACAAACAUCUUCGGAAUUAACUUGGAAUGAAAGUACUGCUAUUGUUUUAGGUGUUUCUAAUAUUAAAGAAUUGAAGGUUGCCAUUGAUAGUUAUUGGAAUAUUAAGGAGAAUGUCCAUAAUAUUAAUACCACGGAUAUUCCCUUGGUUAAGAAAGUUCAAGAUUUAUUAGGCAAACAACAUUUCAAUGAAGUUUGGCCAAGCGGUAUCCCAGGUAGAGAUUAAAUAGAAUUAUAGAGUAAUUGUAACAACUUUUAAUAUAAAA